CCCUAGGCUAAAAGUAAAAGUGAGUUGUUAAAAUGUCAAAAAAGGACAUUCAUUGGGAGAUGACCUCCUCAAAUCAACAUUUUCUAAAAGACACAAUAGUUUAACGGAAGUAUUUGUGGGCUACUUUGUCACUUUUCCACCUCUGGAGCUGUGCCGCUGCACACCUGCGGUGCACGCUGCUGACUGCUGACCGCGCGCGCUCUCUCUCUGGUGCUCAUCUCUCUCGCGCACGUUAUUAUAGCCACACUCCUGUCGACGCCUUUACCCACUUUAGCUAAAAAACCCUUUAAAAAAACAAAAGCGAGCGAAACUGGUUCGGUGAAGGAUGGACGAGUGACGAAAGGACGUCAGAAUGUGGAGGAGAAGCGCGGUCUGUCGCAGAGAGGAACAGGAGGAGGGUUUUUCUUCCGAGCAGCAGAGGAUGGACUUUUCCCACAUUCUUACUAAUUUACCCCGGGUAAGAGGGGGGGGAGAUGUACGGUGCGUCAAGACGAUGGACCAUAGUGUCCAGUUUUCUCUAAAUGCGACCUUUUUUCUUGCUUGCAGCUAAAAACUGUUGCUAGGGUGGGAUGACAUUUUUUACGCCUCUGUCCAAUCCCUGGAGACGUCGGUCUGCUGGAGAGAGUUUUAGCUCUCAGGGAGCAAAGUGGGUUCGCUUCAGGGUUAAAUGAGGGCUGUUUUUCUUCUUUCCUUUUUUUUUUUAAAUAGAGGAGAUACCCCCCCCCCCCCACCACCUUCUCCUCCUCCUUACAUAAAUGUUUGCGUACCAUUAGUGCUCUCGUUCUCGGCCGACCCCAUUUCUCCAUCCGAAUAGGAGACGCAGGCACACGCAUCUCCGGGCGCGAGCGCACACAGACGCACACAUCCCACACGCGCUCCUAAAAAAAUAAAAAAUAAAAAAUAAAAAACAGAACCUCCCGCCUGUCACCCAUCUAACCCUUUCACCCCAGUAUCUGAUGACUCCCCGGCGCGCAGGUGGACGUGGUACGGAGCCUGCUGCUGUAGCAUCGUCUUCCUCAGCGCUGCCAUCAUCAUCAUCAUCCUCCUCUUCCUCAACAUGUCCUCGUCGUCGCGCAAGAUUUCAUCCGAGUCGUUCAGCAGCUCGGUGGGCUCGGACUGCGGGCUCGAGAGCCCCGGGGGAGACGCGGGGGAUGGCGCCCUGGAGCCGGCGGACGAGAGCCGAGGUUGCCCCUUCGCCUCCUUCCCGUCGGCCCACAGAGCGGCUCUCUGGAACGGCCGCGGCCCCGGCGAGAGGCCGGUGUGCCCGGCGGGCGACGAGCAGCGGGGACCCUGCGUACCCCACAAGAGGGCGACCAGGCGGAGACGGGUGAACCUGGACUCGCUGGGGGAGAGCCUGAAGCGGCUCACCUCACCCACG